GGGGGCAUGGUUCGGGCGGGAGCCUCGCGGAGGGUUCGGAUCGCGCUCGCGCUGUUGUGCGCGCACGCGUACGUAUGCUUGCCUGACAUCGUUCGCGUCCCUGCUAGCGGUCCGGCAUUCUGCGUGGUCGUGGUCGACCCGGCGACUAAGUACGAGGGAACAGUCACGUCGGGUCGCCCCGCGACGGACAUCAUGCUCAGCCUUUCAUAAUUUCAGGCUUCAAGGUAGAGUGACAGGCUCGGCUCGGAGGAGCGGGGCGAGACCGCGCCCGAACACGGCGGCGCACCUCCCGCUGUGGUGGGCGGGCGCGAUCUGCGUCCUGUGCGCUCGAAGGCCGCGCCCUUGUGACUGCUAGAAGGACGGCGGUGGGAACGCGCGGGCGUCAUCUGCGCUUCGGACGUCAAAGGAGAAGGGCGGCCCUGAGGAGGGUAGCCAGGGACUCGGACUCGGACCACGAAGGAGGGCGGAGUGUGUUGGACGGAGGC